CGCGCUCAGUGACGUCAUCAGGCAGUAGAAAGACAGCACGUCGAUCUUCACCAUCAUCAUCGUCAUCAUCAUCUUCUUCUUCUCCUUCUGCUGCUGCUGCCGCUGAGCUGACCUGAGCGCAGGACCAGUUGUAGUUGUUGGACCGGCACCAUGGGGAGACUGGACGCCUUGCGGCACUUUCGUCUCCUCAGCUGGCUCAGGGAGGAGAGACAGUCUCGGAAACUCAUCCUCUUCAUCGUGUUUGUGGCGCUCUUGUUGGAUAACAUGCUGCUCACCGUGGUCGUGCCCAUCAUCCCAAGCUACCUGUACAACCUGGAUGAGUCAUCGGCCGUCGUAUCAAACAACACAUCAGCCCAGAAGCAGACUCCCCCGGCAGCGUUUGAACAGAUCGUGUCGUUGUACGACAAUACGGUGCGCUCGUCGGGCUCCAACGCCACGGUCAGGGCAACGGACGGCGUCGUUCCGACUUUCACCACUACCGCUGUUGUCGAGCUGCCGGACAACUCCUCCGACUGCCCUCACUCCACCAACAAGCUGAUCAACGAGAAUGUCAAAGUGGGAUUGUUGUUUGCCUCCAAGGCCACGGUGCAGCUGAUCACCAACCCCUUCAUUGGACCACUCACCAACAGGAUCGGAUACCAGCUUCCUAUAUUCAUCGGCUUCUGCAUCAUGUUCAUGUCUACAAUUAUGUUUGCCUUCUCAUCAAGCUAUGCGCUGCUGUUUCUGGCCAGAUCACUUCAAGGUGUGGGCUCGUCCUGCUCAUCUGUAGCUGGGAUGGGACUGCUGGCAAGUGUGUACACAGACGACGAGGAGAGAGGACGUGCCAUAGGGAUUGCCCUUGGAGGUCUGGCAAUGGGAGUUUUAGUUGGACCCCCAUUCGGUAGUGUGAUGUAUGAGUUUGUUGGGAAGACCGCUCCUUUCCUCAUUCUGGCAUUUCUGGCUCUGUUCGAUGGAGCUUUACAGCUCUUUAUACUUCAACCCGCUAAAUUAGAACCAGAAAGUCAGAAGGGGACCCCACUGUUGACCCUCAUGAAGGAUCCGUACAUCAUAAUUGCAGCUGGCGCCAUUUGUUUUGGGAAUAUGGCCAUCGCCAUGCUAGAGCCAACACUACCAAUCUGGAUGAUGGAGACCAUGUGUGCCAGGAAAUGGCAGUUAGGAGUGGCGUUCUUACCAGCAUCCAUCUCCUACCUUAUUGGAACCUACAUCUUUGGAACACUGGCGCACAAGAUUGGGAGAUGGCUUUGUGCCGUCAUUGGAAUGGUGAUGGUUGGGAUCUGUGUAAUCGGGGUUCCAUUUGCAAGAAGUAUUUAUGGUCUCAUUCUUCCAAACUUCGGAGUUGGUUUUGCAAUCGGCAUGGUGGACUCUUCGAUGAUGCCGAUCAUGGGAUACUUGGUGGACUUACGGCACGUGUCCGUUUAUGGAAGCGUGUACGCCAUUGCUGAUGUGGCGUUCUGCAUGGGAUUUGCUUUAGGUCCGUCUAUUGGGGGAUCCAUUGCUCAGAGCAUCGGCUUCCCCUGGUUGAUGACCAUCAUCGGAAUAGUGGAUGUCUUGUUCGCUCCACUUUGCCUCUUCCUCAGGAACCCACCCGGACAGGAGGAGAAAAUUGCAAUUUUGAUGGACACCAACUGUUCAAUGAAGACCAGGUCCUAUUCCACGCAGGGAGCUUCCUACCAAGGUGACAACAUGGAUCCAGACGAUGAUGAUUACGACUAGCAGGAUGGCAGCCAUGCAGGGUAACAUUGAACGAGGGUUCAGAUGAUCUAUUUUGUUGUAUAAAAAUUAGGAACACAGAAAAAACAGCAACAAAAUAAAGCAGCUAAGAUGUU